AUGGACAUGAUAUUGCAUUCAAGUACAUACUUUGACAUACCAAGUCAAGAUCCACACGGGUUCUCAGACAAUGUCGUGAAAACACUCAUGGAUCCAAUGCUGAACAAAGGGCAUAUCCUGUACACUGACAACUACUAUACCAGCCUCUUGCUGACCAGAAUCCUCCUUGACCACACCACAGGCGUAUGUGGCACUGUCAAGACCCACAGGAGGAAAAUGCCAGUGUUUGGCAUUGACAUUGCAGUGGGUAAAUGCCAGCUGCGAAUGUGUGAUCAAAUGUUAUCAGUGCGCUGGAGGGACAGACACGAGGUGAAUAUGUUGAUAACUAUUCACACUGGUGCCAUGUUGGAGAGUGGCAAAGUUAACUUUGCAACAAAGUUGCCAAUGAAUAAACCUGAUUGGGUCAUUAACCACAAUGUAAAUAUGUGCUUAGUAUAUAAAUGUGCCAUGAUGGUUGGUGCAGUCAAGUGCGUGCAAAAAUAUGUGAAGUGA